AUGUUACAAUACAAAAAAUUUUGUUCUCAGGAUUUCUAAAUUACAAUUUUGAUUCUCUAAGUUUACUGGUCAUUAUCUGAUUUUAACUAGAAAUAUUCAAUUUUGAAUGGCCAUGCCAUAAAAAUAUUUGCUUAGUUUUUAUUCAAUAUAUAAAUAUUUAUACUAGGAUCUUUAGGUAGGUACUACAUUUGUGGCUAUUUUUUAACCAUUUUAAAUUUUUAUAUUAAACUAAAAAAUAAAANGAUCAGUUGGCAAAGAGCAGAUUGGUAUUUAAUAUAUAUAAUGUUAGGGAUAAUUGAAAUAAGAGGCAGAUAUUUUACGACUGUUAAAAAAUAACUCUCAUAAAAAUAUAAUUUAGCUAGAAGAGAUAGUGACAGAUUAUAAGUCUAUUUCUGUUAUUUUGGAGUAUUGUAAAGGAGGAGACCUAUUAAAAAUUAUCGGAUAGAGAAAUAUUUAAAUUGAUGUACCUCUUCUCAUGUUUAAUCUACUUUCUGGUAAAAUUUAAUAACUAUUUGAAUUCAGCUUUAAAGCAUCUCCAUGAUUUAGAAAUAGUUCAUCGAGAUAUUAAAUUAUAGAACAUCUUAUUCAAAGAUUCUCAGCAUAUGGACACUUUGAAGGUCUCUGAUUUCGGCUUUGCUUGUAAAAUAUACGAUAUAUAAUAAAUAAACCCAAGGUAUUUAUGACUUUAAUCAUGUUAGAUGUGGAACUCCUGGAUACACUGCUCCCGAAGUUUUUAGUUAAUCAUGUAGUUAUGAUGAAAAAGUUGAUAUUUAUAGUGCUGGAAUAGUCUUUUACAAUAUGUAAGUUAUUACCUAAGGCUUAGUUUAACUUUCAAAAACCCAUUUGGAAACUUCGAGAAUGUUUCUGAGCUAAUUAAACUUAAUAUUAAUGGCGAAUAUAAUGAGGCCCAUCUAGAAAAAACAAAGGCCAAUAAUCCUCUCGCAUAUGAUUUGCUAACCUAAAUGCUUUCCAAAGAUGCCAACAUUAGACCCAGUGCUCGUGAAUGUCUUGAUCAUCCAUAUUUAAAAAGUCAAUAGAAGGUUGAUUAUACUAAAGAACCGAUCCAAAGAAAAAGAAAGUUUACCAAGUAGAAAAGAAUCAGUCUAAAACUCAAAUAGGAAACAGUUGCUAUUUAAUGA